AUGGGGGAAGAGCUUUACAUAACUGCAUCAGCAGACGACGUGAACUCCGUCUAUAAGGACACCAAAAAUCUCGACUUCGAUGCCGUCAUCGUGGAUCUUUUGCGCGAAUUCGGGGUCUCGAAAGAUACUCUCGACAAGCUGUUCGACGCGCAAUUGUCAGGUGGGCGGAGUUGGAUGGACCGACAGCACGACAUAUACCGGGCGCAGAUGCAUCCUGGGGGUCGUGGUGAUGCUCUAGCCGACGCUGUUCUGAAGCAGGUCAACAAAAUGGUGCAGCGGGACCCUAUCAUCACGCCGAUAGCUUUAAAAGCUCAGGGCAACAAAUCCAGAACGGCGAGCCUUUGGAAGUGGUGCGGUCACGUCCUCGUCGAAGCCUCGAUUCAGGCAUUUUUUGGCCCCUCAUUUGUAUGCCUCUCCCCAUGUUUUGUCGCCGACUAUCUUAGGUUUGACGAGGAUUACUGGCGUCUCAAGGAAAAGUCCCCAGAGGCGGCUGCCACAACGAAACAUAAUUGUGUAUCGGCACUGCUGCGAUGGUUAGACCUUCCAGAUCUGGAGAGGAGAGGUGCUUGUUGGAUGGUCGCCAAAAUGGAGCAGGACUUUGCAGAUAUGGGAAUUUGCGACAAGGCACAGCUGGCUGCGCUGCUGUUUAUCAACAUUGAAGUUAUCAACGGCAAUGCGUACAAGAGCUGCUUUUGGCUGUUGGCUCAUAUUAUUCACACCCCGAGCCUCCUCAAAGAUAUCAACGCCGAGGUUGACGACGCAUUCCUGGACAAAGACAAAACCUCGAGCAGCCCAAACAUGACACACUUACUCGAGCACUGUCCGCUGCUCAACUCAACCUACGAUGAGGUCCUACGAUACACGAACAACGCCAUGGGUGUGCGCCUGGUAGUGAACGAGACCAGGAUCGGGGCCAAGACGCUUCGUCCGGGUCGCAAACUUCUCAUACCCUACCGCCAGAUGCAUUUGGAUAGGAGUGUCUGGGGCUCAGGGGCAGAAAGCUUCGAGCCCGACCGGUUCCUGCGAGACAGGAGCCUCUCGCGAAGCCCCAGCUUCCGACCGUUUGGUGGCGGCAAUGGCUACUGCCCAGGCCGCUUCCUGGCCCGUCGAGAGGUGUUCAUGUUUGUUGCUACUGUACUCAGGUGUUUCCAGCUUGAUCUGGUCCCUGCCAGCGAUGGGAGGGAGCCAAAAUUUCCAGAAUUGGACGAGACAACUCCGACCGGCGGCAUAUUGUCACCAAUGGCCGGAGACGAUGUUUUGAUUCGAGUUCAGUCUCGCGCGAUAUAA